UUAUGAUGAUUUUAUUAUUGGUAAAACCUUGGGUACUGGAUCAUUCGGCAGAGUUAGAUUUGUUACCAAUAAGGCUACUCAUAAUCAUUAUGCUUUGAAAAUACUUAAAAAAGCAUCGAUUAUCAAACUUAAACAGGUUGAUCAUAUAAUAUCUGAGAAGAAUAUUCUUAAGAGAAUACAUCAUCCAAAUAUA